UACGUCAAAAUACGUCACGAGGCCGGACCAGGUCCGUUCGGUCGCGUUAGAGGGGAAAGAAAAAGAAGCAGAAGAAGUAGCAGAGAAGAAGAUAGUGAGUUGGACAUUCUUUCAGUUUCACGCGCGACGACGAAUGCCGCGCUGAUACCGAAUUAUCGUUACCGCUUAAACUCGAUAACUUUUCGCGCGAUCCCGCCGGUCAAUCGGUUAAUUUGGACCGGAGGUCCAAAAGAAGAUACUUUUAUCAUCCCGAUAAGACCGCGCUACGUGUCGCUGGGAGCAGUUAUUGAAUCCGCUAUCUGCCGCUCGCACCUCGUGGGGUGAUACGCGUUUGGCGUGUUUGACGUAUUUCAUAGCUUCACGUAAAAAAAAAAAAGAAAAAAAGAAGGAAGGGAAAGAAAAAAAAUAGACGAUGACGGGAGAGGAGAUCUCAUUGAGCAUGAUUAUAUAGCUUAAUGCGACGUAGAACGCUCGUCGUUCACACUUCGUGCUUCCUAAAGCAAGUACUCCUUCAGAGACAUUAUGUAUAAGUCGCGUAUUUACCCAGGCAGCGACUCCUCGCUGACACGGGACAGCGGUUCCGAGAGCACGCCGUUACUCUCGUCGGAAUCCCGCACGAGCCCGGAACCGGCGAUAUUCGGCGAUUCGGAAACGAGCGACUUAGAUCCGAGCCCAGCCGGCUGCUCUUUCAUAUACGGGAGCGUAGACACCGCCAGUUACAACACGAUUCUGGCCCUACCGAAAAGGCCAUUCUCUUCGACGCGGGAUAGUGAAUUAUUCGUUUCCACAAUGGCGAGUCCACUUUGCAUAGUGAAUCUCGACUACGAAAAAAAUUACGAGUCGCACAACGUUGACUUGACGAACGAAAAUUCCAACGCGAAGAAAGCGCACGAGAUAGAUUUUAAUCCUGAAUCCCUGCAGUUUCAACCCGAUAUCGUGCAGGCCGCCUGCAAGGAUCUCGAACCGAAGCAGAAUUCGCUGGUAACCAUAUUUUCGAUAUGGAAUACAAUACUGGGAUCGUCGUUACUGACGAUGCCAUGGGGAAUUACGAUGGCCGGAUUCUUUCCUGGAAUCAUCCUCAACCUGCUGAUGAGCGGUUUGUGCCUGUACACCGCUUACCGUCUCGUAGCUGCACACGCUUAUCACGGUGGUGGAGCAAAUGUAGAAGUCUUAGACUUGUGCCGAAUAUACAUCGGCAAAUGGGCGGAACAAAUCGCUAGAAUCUUUAGUAUUGCCGUACUGUUGGGCGCAACCAUAGCUUAUUGGAUAUUGAUGGCCAAUUUCCUGUACAAUAGCGUCAAUUUUAUUUAUGAUAGCACGGCUGGCUGGUCGACGUAUUCUGCAUCUGAGAACAUUUCGCAUAAAGAAGUUUUGUGCCCGAAAGAGAUCCGAGACAAUAACACCAUUCUGACUCGCGAGAAAACGUUUGAUACGCUGGGACCAGCUUGGGAUUUGCACAAUACGGUGCCUGUGUUUCUGGCUCUACUGAUAUUUCCCCUUUUAAAUUUUAACAGCACGACAUUUUUCACGAAAUUUAACUCUCUCGGAACGGUGUCAGUCAUGUAUCUAGUUGUUUUCGUUGUGAUAAAAUCAGCAUCGUGGGGCGUCAACAUGGACCAAGCCGAAUGGGCAAUAAGUUGGAUAAUACGGCCCACAUUUCCGGCGCUUACCGGAAUGCUAGCAAUGUCGUUCUUCAUCCACAACAUUGUAGUCAACAUAAUGCACAAUAAUCGCGAUCAAGAAAAGAAUGGGAGGGAUUUAACCAUAGCCUAUCUCCUCGUCACGUUAACUUAUAUCAUCGUUGGAGUAUCGUUUUUCAUGUGUUUCCCACUGCCUAAAUCGUGCAUAGAAGAUAAUCUACUGAAUAAUUUUCAAAAAUGGGAUGGCCUCACGCUAGGUGCUCGUAUACUGCUACUUUUCCAAUUGGUGACUGUCUAUCCUUUGCUCGCAUACAUGCUACGUAUCCAGUUACUUUCGUGGAUAUACAAAGGAGCGUCUAAUAGAGCCUUAGUGCUCUUCAUUAAUCUCAUAUUGGUUUCUAUAUGUAUCAUCUUCGCGACAUUUGUACCCUACAUUGGGACCAUUGUCAGGUAUACCGGCGCUUUAAGUGGACUUAUCUAUGUUUUCACUUUCCCGUGUUUACUGCAUUUGUCCAUUUUGAAAAAGGAAGGAAAGCUAGGCGUGUGUUCGGUAUUAUUCCACUUAGCAAUACCGGUUAUCGGAUUUUUAAAUCUCAUGGCUCAGUUCUUCAUCAUAGAUCGUUGAGCACAUUGUUUUAAAUCUUAUAGACUGUGCGACUACAUUUAUAUUUGAUAUUAAUUAUUUAUGAAUGCAAUUGUGUAUAUCACUAUGAACUUUAAGAAAAUUCUGUAGUGUUCGAAAAUUAUACUAAAAAUAGGUAGAUUUAAAUAGGUAAAGAAGUGUUGGGCACAAAAUACAGUUUUCAUUGCAUUUGAGCAGUCGAUUAUAACAGAAAUUCAUAAGUUGAAUUGAAAAAUGUAUUAAAGUUCAAGAUAGCACAAUAGAAAUUAUGUAUUAAGUCAGCUGUUUUAUAAAACGUAAUAAAUAACAUAAUUUAUUUAAUUCCUCGCGACACAUUAAUCUAAGAGAGAUAGAUUUAUUUUCUUACUGUGAAUAUAUAAAGACGCAUCAAUGUCAACUCUACUUUAUGUACUUCAAUAAACACAUGUAGUAUUAAAUGUACAAUUAUUUUUA